UUUAAAGUUAAACUUACACGUACAUAUUACAAUAAUAAAUAAAAACUGUAUCAAAGUAUUCAACGUCUACUAUAUUCUGUUUACUUUGUGUUUUAUAAUUGUAAAUACAAUGUUUGAAUCCGACGAUUUCGAUCAGAUUUUGUCGCAGUUCAAUUUUCCUGAUGAUCCGAUUAAAGAAACAGAGAAUAUUGGAAGUAAGGGGGAUAGUGAAAAGAGCAUACCAGUUAAGCCAACUAGUCCAGUCAAUGUAGUUAGUCAGCCUCUUAAGUUUGCUAAUAUUGCCAGUCCUUCAGCGCAGCAAAAAACAGCCCAGAAAAUAAUUAGAGAGGUUGAGGCAUGUAGCACUGAAGCUAUAAGAAAUAGUGUGAACUCUGAAAAUAUUUCACCAAAACAUACAAAACGGAAAAUGAUUAACUCAUAUUUUGAUCACAAUGCUAAGAGAAAGUUUCCGGGACCAGCUGGACUUCUCAAUAGCAACUUUGAAGAGAGUAAAGAUGAAACAAUUUGCCACAUGGAGUUGUUCUCCCAGGAUGUAGAUUUAUCAGACAACUAUUUUGGUGAGAAAUUUGAAACAGAAAUAUGGAGAAGACUCUCAGAAGACAUACAGAAGUCUAAUUUGGGUGCCAUAGACUCUAUCAAAUCAGUGAAGCAGCAAGCUUUGGCUGGACACCUGAGGAGAAGAAAGGCUCAGGUUGUGAUGGCUUUUGUUGAAACUGUUGAUAGAUCGGCCACAGACCCACUAAUAACUUUAAGGGAUACCACUGGAUGUAUCAAAUGCACACUCCACAGAGAUGCAUGGUCUACAUUUGCCCCCUACAUUGUCUCCGAGUACUGUGCUGUAGUACUGAGAAGGCCCACAGUCCUAACCACUGGCAGUGCCUUCAAAAAGCAUUACUUGAACAUCACACUGUCCAAUAUUCAUGCUAUAUACAGUUCUGCGGUGCUUAGCGAAGAAACGGAUAAACCUUUGCCUGAUGGAUAUGAUUUAGAAUGUGAUAAUGAUAUGACAGUGAUAAGAACUGUACCAAGUACAAAUGCAGAUAAAGACCCUUUCUGCAAUGAAACCUCUAAUGAUACCAGUGAUUUGCUAGAUGACCUAGAUAACAUAUUUACCGAUGAUUUGUUUUAGAAUUACAUGUGAUCUGUUCUGUUAUGUGAUAAUCUCAUCAUAUUAAUACAAAAUUAUGUUU